AAAAGCUACAUCAACGCCCAGGGAAUACGCCGAAAUGACCACCGCGGCCGAUUCAAAGUAUCCGGGGCUCUCCAAGAAAAGUGCGAGCACGGCCUUGGCCAAUCCUCCAGAGCCCCUCUCAGGAACCUCUCCCGCUGCUGCUUCCACCACGACAUCGCGGCCCGCCACGGUAAAGCCGAGCCCGGGCCGAGCCGGAUCCAGUCGAUAUGUGGCUACUUCUGGGACGAAUCCGCUUCCGGCGCUGCGAAAGCCCAGCGGUGCUUUUGCGAAUCCACAAGCCCGACUGACCACGGCCCCAAUGCAAAUGGACAGCGGGCAGGCCAGCAGGCCCGACCUCCUCGGCAGCCGGAUCUACAAGGAAUCGUUCACAUCGAUCGUCGAGGGCCGCACACAGCGCCGGGCCAAGACCGGGGACGAGCGGGUUGUCAAGGGAGCUAUCUCGGCCAGACUCGAGCGACUCGCACAGGCCAGCCGGAUGGGCACGCCGCUCGACGGCGUAGACGAUAGCAUCCCCAGCGGCCGAGACCUGACGUCUCUCGGGGUGAUUGGUCUUGUCAAGGAGGAGGACUGCCGAAAGACCUCCAUCGACAACCUCAUGGAGAACGUGCCCAGCAAUCAGAGUUCAAAGCAAAGGUCGCCACUGCGGCCACUGGACGAGUCCAUGCUCGACGUCUCCGAAAUCGUGGCCGAAGCCGGCCUGGACAAACGCCUGAAGGCGAGACAGCACUGGCACGUUGCCAUCCAGAGUGUCCUUCGGCUGCUUCGCAACAAGGCGACGACCGUCAGUGACAGCAAAAAGUUCAGGCCUCGAACCAGGGAUGCUGCCGGUGCGAAUAUCAUCGGUAUGGCGGCGCAGCUCGACCUCAGCGCAGACGGCAUGAGAGCGAUCAAGGGUAAGGCCGAUAUGCUCUCGGCAGCAAAGAUCGAGUCGAUCCUGAAGAAGCCCAAUGGCUCUCGGACAGCGCAGGACCUUGCCAAUCUGGACCGUGUGCUAACCCGGACCAUGCAAGUGUUCAGCAAGCGUCUUAGCAUCGAUCAGCGGCGGCAGCUCUACAACUAUAUGACCUUCCAAUCCGCAAAGCGGGGGACCAUGAUGAUCAAGACAGGAAACCCGGCCGAGAGCGUGUACUUUAUUCUGAACGGCCAGGUGCAGCUCUUCAAAACGAUGCGAGGCAACACCAGGAUAAAGCUCCAGCAGCUUGAGGUCGGCGAGCAUUUCGGCGAAGUCAUGCCGAACGAAUUGAUGUCCGGCACGAUCCCGCCAAGGGCGUACAACGCAGAGUGCAUGACACAAUGCGACUUUGUUCGGGUGAAUGUUGACGAGUUUCUUCGGGUCGCAUACGGACACGACGGAAGCGACGUCGAUUUGCGGGUGAUGCUGAUCAACAGCCUGUCAAUCUUCAAGCGCAGCUCGGAAGUUAUCCUUCAGAAGGCUGUCCAAGCCUCCCGAGUGCAAAAGUUUGAUGCCAACACCAAGAUUGUCUACGAAGACACGGCCAACACGCACCUGUACUUUAUCGUGAAGGGGAGCGUGCGAAUCUCCAAAAUGGUGCGGUUUAUGAAGAAGUACUUUGGGCCCCCGGUUGGAAAGCGACCAAGCGAGCGACCUCAUGCGGUGGUGCCGUGGCUGCCAGGGACGCACAUCAAGCGCGGCGAUGAGGUUCUCCCCGAGGAGCUCGUAAUCAUGGACUUGAGCCCGGGGCAGUGGUUCCCCGAAAUGGUUCUUCCGGUAGACUUGCAGAUCGAUCCCACAAGGCUUCCCAAAGCCGAUUUCCUGGGCCGUGGAAUCGAGGACGAAAAGGCAGAGACCCUGCUCAACAACAUGCCGCCGGCGUAUGUCUCUGCGAUUGCAAACUCCAAGGUCGAAUGCGUCAUCUUUUCGAUCAUCGACUUUCUCAAGUUGGCCACUAACGAACAGGUCUCGACGGUCGUGCAGGCAACCGAAGCCCUGCGCAUUCCGAUCCUGGCGAUGCAGGAGGCCUACCUGAGAACCUUUACGAAUGCAGACGGCAUUCCGAUGCUGAACGCAAAGGAAGUCGGAUCCACGGGAAUGCCGAUUCGAAAUUUGGACUACAGAGCGGCUGCGUCCAAGCUUGGACUGCCGCCCGUCAAAACCUUCACUGCUCCAAAGUAGAGACUCGAGGAGAAUAUAGCACG